GUUUUGUUAUGCAUAAGGCCGGAUUUAAUUCGACUCGAGUAGUGCGGAUUCUUUAUUUGAAUAUUACCUACCGAUUGUUAUAUUAUAUUAUAAUAUAUUUUUAUUGUCUGAUCCUCUCGUUUUCAGUCUGUGAGUAAACUAAUAGUAGUGUUUUUGCGUCUUAAUCCGAUUAAAACACUUGAUAAUUAAUAUAGCUAUAGACUCUGAAGAACAUUGAAAUUCAUUGUAUCAAGUGUUUCAUUUCAACGGUUCAUUCAGUGUUAACAAAAUGGUGACUACUAUAACUUCGCAAACGGAAUUUGACUUGUUCAAGUAUUUAUUAUAGUUCAAUUAAUUCAAUUCGUUUUUCAAAUGUUACAUACAUUUUAUCAUGGUUUCAGAUCCAAUGGGUUGGCUGUCGUUCAUUUUUAUGCUGAUUGGUCAGAACCAUGUCAGCACAUGAAUAACAUUCUAAAUGAAAUUGCUUCGGAUAGUGAAUUUCAGGUAAAUAUCAAAGAACAGAAUUCAAUUAAAUGAACACUAAUUCCUUUACACGCGCUAUUGUUGGAAUUUACUGAUUUUAAAACGUCACAGAUGGAUUAUUACUAAUCGCAUUUCUUUGUUUUUCAUUAUUAAGGUAUUAUUACUUUGCAGAUUAAUUAGUUUUUUUAUCAUAUUUAUGCACCAUGCGUACCAUGCAUGUAUCAUGUUUAUCGUUCAAUUACUUUAGUGAGCAUCAGGAAAAAUCAUGUCAUUUUAAAACUGAAAUGAAUACAUUUCAAAUAAAAUUAAAGUUAAACAAAAUUUAUAAUAAACAAUGUACAUUAAACAAAAGAAUAAAAAAAAUAAUUUAUCAAAAAGUUUUGAACUACAUUAAACAAAAAAUUUAAAUUGUUAAUGUAUUUGUGUAAAUAAAACGUAUUAAUGUUAUAUUCGUAUGUUUCAGAAUGUUAAAAUUGCUAAGUGUUUGGCCGAAGAUUUACCCGAAGUAUCAAUAAAAUAUGAUGUAUUUGCUGUGCCAAAAUUUGUACUGUUUCGUAAUGGUGACAAAGUUGAUGUAUUAGAUGGUGCUGACCCAAUACAAUUAAAUAAAAAAAUCCAAGCUUUGGUACUAUUGGAUAAAUAAGAAAAUAACAAUGUUGUUAAUAUUUUAUUUUUAAUUACCUGUUUAGCUAACCAAAGGUAACCAAAAAGAACAAAAAGUAGAAGACAUAAAUUUGAGACUAAAGUCGUUGAUAAAUUCUGCUCCUGUUAUGCUGUUUAUAAAAGGAUCCAAGUCCCAACCAAAAUGUAAGUUUAGUACAGAAAUCAUAAAUUUGUUUAAAGAACUAGGUGCCGAAUUCAGUACAUUUGACAUCCUGGAAGACCAAGUUGUACGGGAAAAAUUAAAAGUUUAUUCCAAUUGGCCGACCUAUCCCCAAGUAAAUUUAUUUGAAUUAUCUGUGCAUUAUAAUAUGUAAUUAUUAUUCUACAUAUUCGCGUUUUGCAUAGCUUUAUUUAAACGGAGAAUUAGUUGGAGGGUUAGAUAUUGUGAAAGAAUUGCUCAAGACUGGUGAACUAAAAGACCUAUUAAAACUGGGAAAGUCCAACCUCAAUGACAGGUGAUUUAAAUACUUUAUUGAUCUAUGAUUGUUUAACAUUGAAAUGUUUUUGAAUUGAUUUUAGGCUGAAAUCACUAAUUAAUAAAGCUGAUGUUAUGGCAUUUAUCAAAGGUAGCAAACAACUGGCCCGUUGUGGAUUUAGCAACCAGUUGAUUCAAAUCCUUAACCAAACUGGGUAAAUGUCAAUUUUAAUAAUUUGCAUGUUUAAAAAGACUGACAUACUUUGCACAUAUAUGGGCCACUAUAGGUGAGAAGUUAAGAAGGUAGAGGGGAUGCAUAUCUGUACGCAACAAUUAACCAUUACUAACGAAAAAAAAAAAAUUCUAAGCAGAGUUUGGUUAAUAGUGUUGGCUUUGUCAACAAUAUAUGUUAUAUUAUUAUUAUGAUAUAAUAAUUACAUAUACAUUUUAUAUUUUCUUUAUUAAUAUUUGUUUAAUAUUGUACCUAUUAUCCUAUAUUUUUUCUCCAGUCGAUACCAUUUAUUGAAAAAACUCCUGGGAAAAUCAAAAUGACUUCCUAAAAGUACCACCUUAGGCAGAUUUCCUUAUAGAAAAAGUGCCGGUUGAAAAGUUUUCUAUAGAAAAAAAAUAAAAAUCAUUGUAAAACUAAUACAUUCCUCGCUCCAGUCAGAAUCUAAAAUACAUAAAUAAAUUUGAAACAAAUGUGUGUUUGGAUUAGCAUGUUGGGCACCGGCAUUAUGACAAAUACUCAAAACUCAAAUUUCGUUAUUCAUAAGCAUGUAUACAGGUGGUAGGGGUCUUACAAGUUCAAACUUAGAAAAAAUUCUUUGAAAGUUAUAAAUUGUAUAAAAAAUUUCGUAUAAAUACAAUUUUUUAAAAAUAAAAUGUGUAAUUUAUUUACAUCAUUUAUUGAGAAUAAUAACGGGUUAGUAAUGGUUUAUCUGGAGUUGUGUCAUCAAUAAGAAUUCAAUUGUGAAUACAGUAACAAAUUACAAUUUUAAAUUAUUAGCACUGAUACUGACACAUAAAGAUAAUAUACCUGUUACCUAUAACCACUUAUAUUAUACAAAUACAUCAUUUAUUUAUUCGGUGUUUGACAUUUGAUAGUAUGGAAUAUUGAUGGUAUUAAAUCAGUUUUCCUGUACAUUGUGAUUUAAUAGUGAAUUCUAAAAUCGAAUUGUUUACAUAGUUUAAAUUUCUUUACAAAAAUCAAUUUAAUUUUCUGACUUUUUAUUCGCUUAAAGAAAUGUUAUGUUCAAGUUUUAAAAUAUAUAUAUUUUUUCAUAUUAUUAUAGUGGUUCAAAAUUCAGUCUAAAAAUGCAUGUACAAUUUGUUAUGUUAUAUAAUGUUAAAAGUUACAGAGAAUCCAACAAAUAUUGUGCUAUUGAGUUUAUGUAAAAGUUCAAAGUUUGAAAUUGCAAUUUUUGUAUGUUUUUGUGCUUGGUUAUAAUGGUUUCAUUUAUAAACAAACCUUGUUUCCAAAUAACCAGAGCAAAUCGCUAUAGCAAUCUGUAGAAUUUAAGAUAGUUGUAUUAUAAAAAAAUUAUGGUUAUUAUUAAUCCAUGUUUUUUUGUCCAACAGAAUCGAUUAUGAAACAUUUGACAUUUUAUCUGAUGAAGAAGUUCGACAAGGUUUAAAAGAAUACUCUGACUGGCCAACAUAUCCACAAGUUUAUGUAAAAGGAUCGUUGAUUGGUGGUUUGGAUAUAAUUAAAGAAUUGAAAGAUUCUGGCGAAUUAAUCGCCACUCUCAAAGGAGAAAUAUAAAGAAGUUACAAAAUAGUUGAGAUAAUUAAAAAAAAAAAAAAAAAAAAAUGAAUUAAUUAAUUUAUCUCGAUUUGUGUAGUUUAAUAUGAAAUUAUGGUAUCAAAUUAGCAUACAAACUGCAGACCUAAGUACUCAUAAAUAGUAUCUACUAUUAUUUAUAUUAUGUUUAAUUAGUUUGAAUAAACCUGUUUCAAUGCCAAGUAUGAUUUUUAUUAGCUAUUUGUUACCGAUUUUUAUAAAUAUGUAAUUUGCGCAAAUCUAUUUCAGUGGUUUAUGAAUUGAAAAGUACAAAUGUUUUCAAAUAAUUUUAUUCAUAACAACUGCUCACAGACAUGUGAAACAUAUGCAUUAGAUUUAUUUCAAGUAUUAAUAUUUUUUUUUUUUUUUUUUUCUAAAACGAUUGGUCGAGGAUUAAUUUUAUUUUGAAUAAGCUUUCUCUUCGAGUGUUGUUGUUAGCUUUGGUUCAAUUAAAUAAAACUUGAUCGCCAUCGCCUUUUUUAUUUUUUUCGCCGUUUCAAAGCAGAUGAAAAAAAAAAUACCUUUCCAAAAUUGAAAUCAACUAAAGAAGUUCAAUGUACCGUGUAUACAUAUAUAUAUAUAUAUUCCAUUUGCAUUUUUAUUUAAUCUUGCGUGUAUAACAUACGGAAAUAACACACUUUUCUGUCAGUUAUCAAUUGUUGCUCGUAAAUCGGAAACAAACUGUUCGAUUCGCGUUUCGAAAAUGCCACAACACCUUUUUGGGCGGGCCGGAUUUCGGAAACCCGCGGCCCCCCCCCCUUUGUGCGCGGAUUUCGCGUCGCCGCACGCGAUACAUUCGACUGCGAACGGCGCACGAACAGCCGGACGACGGUUUUCGCGGCGUAUCCGUCCGUACGCGCGAUCGAUUCGCCCGGUCGUGCGCCGAGUCGGCAACCCCGGCCGUCGUCAGUUUCCGAGUCCGCGGUCACCGCGGUGGCCCGAGAUUAUUAUUAUUACCUUUUUUUGUUUUUUUUUUUCUUCCCUUUAUCAAUUCAAGUACGCGAUACACGACAGCGCCGCGCGGUUUACCGGUUGAAACCGCCGACGAACCGGGACGGCGCAGGGUGACCGGAGCCGGUUGCCGUCGUUAAUAAUCGCGCGGUCUCGAACCGACCGGUGAAUAAUACCGCGCGGAGCAGUG